AGUAGGUAUGGUAUAAAUACAUCAUCAUUCUCUUUAGUUUUAGUUGUAAACGUAAAAGUCAACCGCGUACCUUAAACUGUACAAAAAUUACUAUGAUUUUCAUCUUCGCUUUCCUUUUCCUUUGUGCGAACGCCGCCCCUCAAAGUCAGGCUGACCGAGACGCGGUUAUUACGAAAUACGACAGCAACAAUAUAGGACUUGACGGAUACAAUUUUGCCUACGAAACGAGCAACCGAAUCUCGCAACAAGAAGACGGCCAAUUACAAAAUGUUGGUACCGACAACGAGUCUAUUGCUGUUCGGGGACAAUUCUCGUUCGUAGCACCGGACGGUGUUACAUACACGGUGAAUUACAUAGCCGAUGAGAAUGGAUUCCAGCCUCAAGGCGCACAUCUUCCUGCGUGAGCGUAAUCACUAUUUAGACUAUUAUAUAAUGAAUUAAACUCUCUAUUUAAAGCGGGACACACUUGACUAUUAUUUUUAUCAAAUGACUGAAGCAACUUCCUGCUUCUUUUGUUAAUGAUACAAAUAAAUGCUCUAAUAAAAAUAAACUAUUUAUUAUGAAA